UUAUAAUGGUGGGGCAAAAUCAACUUUUCUUCUUCUCCAGACUUCAUUCUUUUAUUUACUCAACUCCUCGUACAAUCAGUCAUAACCAUGGAGGUUCUUCAGUACAAAAAUCCAAGUCAAUAAUUAGCUGCGACAGGUCUCAUUAUUUCUAUGAUAUUUGCUCAAUCAACGGACCAACAGUUUUUGACCCAUUUGAGUCAACUUUCUAUGACCUGGAUCCAACCAAUAAGAAUGAGACAAAGUUCAUACCUGAAAAGAUUAGGCCCUACCCAAGAAAAUGGGAGAAUUUCACAAUGGGCCGAAUCAAGGAAAUUACUCUAACUACAGGCCCAAUAAGCCCAACAUGUUUGAUCCAACAUAAAGCCCAAGCACUUGUAUUCAGUGUGGGAGGGUACACUGGAAAUUUUUUCCAUGACAUAAAUGAUGGAUUCCUCCCACUCUUCAUCACCGUUAAUUCUUUGUUUCCUAAUCAAGAUUUCAUCUUUGUAAUCUCAAAAUUAGAAGAUUGGUGGGUCCAAAAGUACAAGGAUUUACUACAAAGCUUUAGCAAACACCCAAUCAUUAAUCUUGACAAGGAGAUUAAUGUCACACAUUGUUUUCCUAAAGCUACCUUUGGCCUAGUGUCUCAUGGUUUUAUGACCAUAGACCCAAAAUUAACACCAACCUCAAAAACCCUAAUAGAUUUUCAUAAAUUUCUAGCUACCUCAUAUGGUACCGUCCCUAAGCCUGUACGAACUCUGUCUCAACCUCUGCCUGUGCCUCGGCCUCGGCUCGUGCUAACAAGUCGCAACGGAAGCGUUGGACGUUUGAUCCUGAACCAGGACGAAGUAAAAUUGAUUGCAGAACAGAUUGGUUUCGAGGUGAUUUUGUUCGAGCCGAGAAAAAACACAUCAUUGCAUGAAUCUUUUGGAUUGAUACACUCAAGCCAUGCAAUGAUUGGAGUGCAUGGAGCAGCACUAACACAUGCAUUAUUUCUACGUCCUGGUUCAAUAUUUAUUCAAAUUAUUCCAAUUGGUGCAGAAGGAGUUUCAGAUCUUUGUUUUGGGAAAAUAGCCAGAGAUAUGAAGUUGGUUUAUGAGAAAUACAAAAUUGGAAUUAAAGAAAGCAGUUUAGUGGCCAAAUUUGCAAAAAAAGAUAGUUUGGUGCUAAAAAAUCCAAAGGCUCUUCAAGAAAAGGGUUGGUCUAAGGAAAUUAUGGAUAUUUAUCUUAGAGAACAGAAUAUAAAGUUGGAUUUAAAUCGCUUUAGAAUAAACUUGGAGAUAGCAUACAAAAAAGCAAAAGCAUUUAUGGCUGUUAAUGGUUAGUAAUUAAAUGGA